GACUGGCCGUGUCGGUAGUGGUAGUAGUCGGUGGAGACUUCUCGUCUGCUCUCGUCAGUCGUCAGCUGAGAAGGACGAACGACGACAACCUCCUAGACGCACUGCGCUUCGUGGCCCAGGCUUACUGGACUCGCUUAAAAUAGCAGUAGUCGCUAGUCGCAGAGCAUUUAAUCUUCGUACACUGAGCGAGAACGUCAGAUUGAUCGUUGAUCCUGCGCCGAAAGCUGCUCAGGCUCAUUGACGAUAAGGAGCACCAGCAGCAGCAUGGAGUGUGAAACCUGCAACGAAGAGUUCAACAAAGACGACCGAGCCCCCAAGAUGGUGCCUUGCGGACAUAUGUCGUGCCUCAAGUGCCUUCAGGGAAAUGCGACGUGGGAGUGCCCGGUCUGCUUCGCGGAGUUUGAUUCGGCUCCCUCGUCUCUUCUUACCAACUUGACUGUGCUGCGGCUGCUCGAGCGCCAAGGCAGUUCCAGGAGCGGCUGGUGCGUGAGGUGCGGCGCCGCUGCCACUGGCCAGUGCUGGGACGAGCACCUUGUGCUCAACACCAAGGCCGCCGUGAGGCACCAGCUGGGGCCGCGCGUGCUGCAGCAGGCCGCCGGCCAGCUGGAGGGCCUCGAGUGCCGAGACCAGGAGGUCCUGCUGACCUUACUGUUUGCCGGGUCGUGGCACCUGAGCCUGCGGGGCGACGGCGGCCAGCUGCUGACCGGGACCGUGACCAACACCGAGGACCCGCUCGUCAAGGCCAUGUGGCUGGUGCUGGCCGCGAGGGCCGGCCUCACUAAGCGGCCAACACCAGAGGGCGGGGACGGAGAGCUAACGGGCAGUUCUCGGGUGCCAGUAGCCGCUGUGACACCGACUGUGCAGACCAGAACUGCAGGCCGGGAUCCUCGACCGCUCGGUCAGAGGCCCCCCUCUGCAGUCCGGCACCGACGACCUUCCAGGCCACGACCAUACAAUACCAGGGCCCUCAGCGUCCCACAACGUCCAAAUCGUUCCACUUCCAGUUCUACUUCAGCAGACCGGCACUCACCACCUCCUCGUCAAAGCCCCUCUCUCACAUUGUUGAGUCUACAUGUGAAGGGCCUCACUCGCAUAGCAAAGGAAGCGACAAUGAGAGACGUGUCAAAUGCGAAACGGCUUUGUGGUUUGGUCUGCAAUGCGGACUUGGCUUGGAGCUUGCGGCUGCUGCAGCGUGCCGCGCCCAGCCUGACGGAGCUGAGCGUCCGGAACCCUGCCGAGGCCCACCUGCGUGCCGUGCACGCCAUGCCGCGGCUGCGGAGGCUGGAGCUGUCGUGUGUCGACGGCGCCCUCGACGCGCUGCCCCUCGUGCUGCCCGAGCUCCCGCCCGGCCACAGCGGCCUGCAGUGGCUCAAGGUGGAGGGCCUCCGCCGCGCCACUCUGCAGUCGCUUCUCCUGGCCCACGGGCGGACCCUGGAGGAGCUGCUGCUCAUCUUGCCCUGGACCAGCAUGAGGCUGGACAGCCUGCUCCGGCCGUGCGGCCUGCGCGCGCUCAAGAGCUUCAAGCUGCGGAGGGACGGCGUCUGCUACCAGGGCCAAUGCACGUGCCACGGGCUGCGUCUAGACGUGUUGCGGGUGCUGCCCGCCUGGGUCCAAGUCGAAGUGAGCUGCUUAAAAUGUUGUGAAGAAACGGUGAAAUCCUCAGACAAGUUUUAAGGGCUCUGCGGACACUAUGGCCGUUAUUUGGGUGACUACAUAAUUAUGCAUAAUUGCAUAAUGAGACAUGUCUUCUCCCUUUCUGACCCAGAUUUCGUUUCUUUUUUUCAUUUUUGUUACUGGCUUUAGCUGCUUUAGCAAAUAAAGGUUUGCUCGAAUUUUGUGAA